GACUAACCUAGAGUCAAUCUUAUCUUGACUGUGAAAGAGAUAGAACGUGAUAUAUUUUAUAAGUAGGUAAUUUUUGAAUAAUCACACCAUGAAUUCUCAAAAUUGGAAAACGACAUUAUAUACUGGGGGAUCUGUGGUGUGUGAGCUAGCGUUGAAGCUAUUGCAAAUAAACAUGUUUAGAAGCCGACCGGAUAAUGAGCAGAUCAACAAGCAAAAUGACAGCGCAAUCAACGAAAUGUUAUUAUAUGGAGCUGAGACUGAGGAGCAAACGAAACAAAUAGGUUUGGACAAUCUGCUUUGUAUUUACUACAUCAUACUCCACGCGAACAAGACAGUAGACGUGUGCGUGCCGAGUCUCGUCAGUGGUACACUGGCUGAAUGUCUGAUCAACGUACGUCGGAAGAACAACGCAAGGGUGAGGAUUACAAUACACAACAGUGACGAAUUUCACAACCUGCAGUCGUUUGCUGAGAACGGGAUCGAGGUGAAGGUGAUCAACCCGAGUGUUCGGUUGGAGCAUGAGUUCGUGUUGGUGGACGCGGCGGGGGGCGCGGGCGAGGCGCUGGCCGUGCUGGGCUCGCUGGACUACGACACGGCGAGCCCCAACUGCAAUCGCGACGCCACGCUGCUCACCUCCGACGCCGCACUACUCACAGCACUCACUAAAGAGUUCGAACGAGUGUGGAACUGUGUCCCCGAAAUUACAGAAUUUAAACUUGACAAAAAUAAUACUGAUUCUGUUAAAAAUUAUUAAAUCGUGCAAUUAUUUGUUAGAAUUUAAGAUUUGAUUUUUAUUUGUUCUUUUAUG